AUGUCAACCAAAUACUGCACUUGCUCACCAUAUAGUUUUAUUUCUAUACCGGGUAUCUCAGAAUUGGCCAAAUAUGGGUCGCUGUACGAAACUUUGCAUGGGACUAUUGGCCACGAGGAUCUGGAAAUCCACCUGGCGGCCUCUCGGAUUGACAACACAUGGAUCAGAGAUAAGUCUCUGCUGCUACCUCUGAGUGUGGUGCUGGAGUGGGCCCUACACAUAUGCAGUGCCAUGCGAUAUCUGCAUGAGAGCACUCCCCCAGUCAUUCACCGUGAUCUCAAGUCAGCGAAUGUGCUCUUGGCCGCAGCCUCGGCAUCAGCGCACUCUCAUUCCGGCCGGAUUAUCCCGGUUUCACUGAAAUUGUGUGAUUUCGGGACGAGCCGAGAGGUAGACCAUGCCAAUCUCCAGACCUUCGCGGGCACAUUGGCCUGGACAGCGCCAGAGAUACUCAGGUCUGAUGGUCAGGGCUACGCACUCUCGGCAGAUGUGUACUCGUUUGGAGUUGUUCUGUGGGAACUCGUAACCCGCGCUAUUCCUUUUGCGGAUGUGGGCCCUUUCGAUAUCGCGCGGAAUGUUCUGGAAAACAAUCGCAGACCUCCAAUACCUGCACAGACACCAACUGUCCUCACGAAUCUACUGAAGCAAUGCUGGGAGCAGCAACCAAUGAGGAGGCCAGAUUUCGGCUCUAUUUAUAGAACACUGGAUUUGAUUGAACGACGCGGGAUCGGGAGUGAGCAGACUCUGGGCACGAUGACCGCGGAGCAUUUCGCAAUGAGACUAAAUCGAUUUGCGGUAAAGAAGUAUAUCGAAGAAGCGAACCAAGAAAUGCUGGUCGCAGCCACGACGACACAGAAAGUUCCAAGCAUCUCCGCUGAGGACGAGGGCAAAAGGCGCCAGAAUGAGCUGGAGAAAUGGGCCAUUGAACUGUCCCAUCGCGAGAAUAAUCUGCAUAACAAACUCAAGAACAUGCAGAGCGCACACGACGCCGAUAUGAGCAUCGCAAAUAAGAUCAGGGCACUUGCCAUCGCACAAGGAGGUGGGUUCAGUGCGGAAACACUCAAUGCGGACCUAUUGCCAUCGAACAGUGCCGAAGGACUCAUUACCCAACCAGACAAUAGACAACGACGCGACUCCUCAGAGGAUGAAGAGUGGCUGUAUGUGGACACCUCUCUACAGUGUCGCAUGAUCCAGAAAGGGCCCGGAUAA